AUUAGAUAAGUGUGCAGAUAUAUAAACCCUAUUUUUCUGAUAAGGUUUCUAAGAAUACAUAUCUAUAUAUAUAUAUAUACAUAUUACCUUUCCAGCCAAUAAUCAUUGGCUUGUUUACUGAGGAUGAAAAGUCGUGAAGAAAACUGUUUUCAAAUCUUGGGGAUCAUACUCUAUCGUCUAGUUAUCUUGUCAACAUUAACUGUGGGUGGACAACACGGUUAUAGUUACUUUCACCCUGACGAUACAUCUAUUCAACCAAAGAAAGUGUUAAAGUUGUACAAAUAUUUCACAUGUAUCACACAGACUUUAUGUUACAUGUAUUAUAUAACAUCGAUACUAUUGUUACUGUUGAAGUGUAAACGUUUACACGGUUACUUUUACUUGACUGCAUUCGCCUACGAUACGACCAUGAUGACUGUUUAUUGGUCAGCUUAUUUCUAUGAUCAAAGGAUUAUCACAAGUAUAGAAGAACUGAAAAAUAUGCCAUUAUGGUAUAAUCAUAUAUGUCACACAAUUGGACUGCCAGCGUUGUUAUUGGACGCCUAUUUAUACAAUCCGCAAUCAGUUUCAAUUAAGAAAUCAAUGAUGAUUGUGUUUUCCUUAGGCGCAGCCUACAAUUUUUAAUAAACAGUCAAGCAAAGGUUUCAAGUAGUUGAUGUGGAUACAUAUGGUCAAGAGAACAGAAAUGCUUAGUAGUGGUCAUCUUCAGGCCUUAUUAUUGAUGUGUGCUGCAGAUGAGCUUACUCCUGGGACAAACUAAAUUUUCAACUCAUCUUUCUUCAGCAUAUAAUCGAUCAGUAUUGUUCUGUGAUAUGAGUAUCUUCACAAAUGUCCAAAAUGGCUGUUUUAUAAACUUAAGAAACGCCAUGUUAAGGAGGCCGAAAUGGUGACUGUUUUAAACAAACUUUACAGUAAAAUGAUUUGUCAUAAUAUACAUGAAAUCAUGAUUUUAUGCAACAGUGACUCAUUUAGGUUACAUUUGAGAGCCUUACUAUCAAUCCUCCUGUUAGUGAGUGUGGAAUGUACUUGUAAGUUCCUCAGAAACACUUAAUAUAAAUUAUGAUGAUUUAAUUCCACUAAAACGAAGAUGAGAUACCGAAUUCUUAGAUAUUCGAUCAGAUAUACCUUCAGAGCGUUAGUUGAGUCCAUUGGGCUAGUGGAAUGAAGGAUUCUAAUCCUGAUCGUAGAAUAUCAGAUAAAAGCUAGUAAACUAACUGGUGGAUUUGUUAUCUUCCAUCUAAUAGGAUAGCAAGAACACGUGUCGCUUAUAUAUAAGCAUUUCAUACUUCUGUACAGCAUGUUACUUGGUGUUCCUUGAGGCGUUAAGUAUUUGCAAUUGAAUACUUCAAGCAAUACAGCUCAAAUUUGAUCGUUAUGCAUCAAAUAUAUCUAUGAUUCAUACUGCUGUCAUCCUUGAAUUCAUUACGAAAUUGCAUCUCAUUUCUAGAUUGUCGUGUCUUUACAUUUCACUGAAGCUUUAUCAUUGAAUUCAUCUUCUUAUUCCCGGUAUUAGAUGUCAUUCAUUGUGUCAACAUAUAGAUGUAUGAAUACAUGAUAUAUUCGUGUCCCUUUUUAGCACACAGUUCGUAUGCAAAAUAAUACCGAUUCCUGAAUGACUAAGCAGUCAAACAGCUUGAACUAUUCAUUUUGACAUCCUUUAAAUAGAAUAUAAUGUUGUAAUAUUAUACAAAGUUAACUUCUGGCUAACAUUUUUGAAGUUAUACACUUUAAUCCUUUUUAUUAACCUGAUCUCAACGUCAGACUGUUGUUUUGUUGUCUUUCAACACAUAUCUUGAGUCUCUUCUGUGGAUUUCUGAUAAGAUUCCAUCUUUUGACAUUGGCAGUUUGUAAUAAAAAAAGGGGUCAGUUUCUACCUUAUGGCGUAUGUCUAAGUUAACCUUCCCACUUUCUAAUAACUCUUCACUCUAAGGUCAUAAAAUGUCAUCAAACCAAUCAGUUUUCAGGACUCACAUUUCUCAUUGUUUGGGACUUGUCAGUUGGAUGUACCUGUAUCCCUGUAUCCCAGUGAGUAAUGUUGUUCCUACUAAAACUCGAGCCGCAGACUAUUGCUCCGGAUGCCAGAGCACGAUUACCCAGGCUAUCGAGUCAUGGUAGCCACGGUAGCUGACAAAUCUCAAAUACGAUCAUCCUGGAUUCCAGUGCUAGUCACAACCCAUCAUUACUAUAACAUUGAAAUGACAGCAGCAUCGGGGAAGCCAUGCAUGAGCCCAUAUGCCAAUAGAAAUCGGUGAGUUCGGUCUAAUCAACCACGGGAUAAUACAAGCAACGCAAUAAACAGUUUCCAUUUGAAGGCUUAUGGGGUUGAUCAAGUCGAUAUUCAUCCUGGACUGAUAUCAAUUGGAGAACCAUUGAAAAGGUGGGAGCACUACACGACUGUCUUCUUCUAGUAUAGGACUCACCGUCAAUAAGCACUAACGAACCCUUCAAGGACCAAAUUUGGGACCUUAGAAUUCUGUAGUGACCACGUUACUUCUGAGCCACUAUGUUAGAACCCAGUGGUCAACAUACUCCUACUUCUGUCCGUUCGCGACAUAGUGCAACCACCAACCAAUGCUAUUUUACAAUGUUUGUCCUCACAUCCGAGUUGUCUGAUUACACCAAUCACAACUCAUUAGAACUUUGGGAGAUCUCUUCUCGAAGUAUAUCGGUAAUGAGCGCUGGGCAGUAAUUCAGCAUCACCUUUAAGAGUUAUGUUAUGAUAGGAAACUAUACCUAUCACUCAAAGCUCCGAACACAGAAAAGCUCUCUUUGGUAUCUCUAGUGAAUGUCAUUUGUAUUUUAAUGUGUCUGCCGAAACGUUUAGGUGUAGAACACAUUGAAUGCAGGAUCAUACCACAUACUUUGAAGUAUGCGUUUAUUAUUCAACAAUUAAAUGUAUAAGGAAAGCAGUAUGACUUGAUUACCCUAGAUGGCAAAGUCAUCAGAGGAAUAUGCGGGAUCUUUAGGGUAUCAUGACUAUAGACCAAGUAGUGUGUUUAUGCAUCUACGAAAAAGAUGUAAAACGUUAUCUAAAAGUAGGAAUCAGAAGUUAAUUUCAUCAACCAUCUAACAGGUUUAAUCGGUCAGUUCUCACCGUGAGACGGAAAUAAAUCUCUCUGUACACUUCAGUCAAUGCAUUUUCACCUUUUUGGCACAUUUGGAGCUUCUCACAUACCUGUUUUCUCUCAGUUUCGAAAUUUAAACAAAUUUGAUAUUUUCUCGAUUAUUCACGUCGUAGAUUUAAAACGUUUUAACCAAAUGAAUCUAGGAUGUAGGUGUUUUUUCACUAGAUCCAACUAAAUAUCUCUGCUUAUUUAUGUAAUCCUCUAUCUGUUCUCUGUUUAUUUGAAUCAUUCCACUUCAAGUAUAGAAAUGGGAGUUCUACGAUGGGGUACUUGCCCGUAUCCAGAAAUAUUGAAGUAUGGAAUUGUGUUUCGAUAUUUAAGCUAUGCAGCUGUCUGGGGCCUUAUGUCUGGAGUUUUGCUGCUUGGCGCGGAAUAUGUACAUUACGUGAACAAGCAGUCAAAACAGAAUUUCAAACAACAUAGUGAAUAAAUUGAAUUUAUGAUCAUUGUUAAAUGACAACCAACCAAACUGAUGCUGACAACUCUCAAACGUCGGAUAAAUUCUUUUCUCUAAAA